AUGGACUACCGGGACCUCAACAAGGCAAUUGACUCGAACCCUGGUCCAGAUGUGCCGUCGUGUGAUCAGAAGCUGCGAGAUUGGCGCCUCCCGGGCCAGGAGCAGGUUAUCGUGGACAUCCGCAAGGCCUAUCUUCAAGUCCGGCUGCAUCCAUCGCUACUUCCCUAUCUGGCUGUGGUGUGGCCAGAGAAACUGUACGUCAUGACACGUAUGGGUUUCGGUCUGGCAGUUGCGCCGAAGGUCAUGAAUGCCAUUGUCAAGUUUGCGACGCUUGACUUUCCGCAAGUCGACAAUUAUGUCGACGACUUGUUUGUGCCUGAGGAGGAAGCAGAGGCGGUGAAGUCCAAGUUGGAACACUAUGGUCUGCCAACUAAGCCUGCAGAACCAUUGGCUCAGGCGCGGGUGCUUGGGUUGCAAGUGAGCAAGCGUGACGGCAACCUGGUGUGGAAACGAUGUGACGGCGUCUCGUUGUCGUGUCCGAAGAAUCCGACGAAGCGGCAGAUCUCGAAGUGGUGUGGUGCCCUGACUGCUCACUGCCCGGUCUGCAAGUGGCUUCGACCGGCGGCCAGUUUCUUGAAACGUAUGGCGAACUUGUCAACCGACGGGUGGGACGACGCUGUUCCAGACUGUGUCGCUACUCUCUGCACGGAAUUCGAGAAGCAGGUCGGUUGUGCUGAUCCAGUGUCCGGACGGUGGAGUAUCAACACUGCUGAUUCUGCUGCUUGGACUGUGUGGUGCGACGCCUCAGACACAGCCAUGGGCGUGGUGCUCGAUGUGGAUGGUGUCGUGGUGGAGGACAAAGCCUGGCUGAGGCCCUCAGACGACAAAAGACAUAAUAACGCAGAGCUGGAUGCGGUAAUCAAAGGCCUGAACCUCGCCUCGCACUGGGGCCUGCAACGACUCGUGGUGAAGACCGACUCCAAGACAGUACACAGUUGGUUGGUCUCUAUGCUACAGGAUGUCGAGCGAGUGAAAGUUGGCGGCCUCCACGAGCUUCUCGUGCGGAGGAGAGUGCAGAUCAUCCAAGAAAUUGUCAAAGUCGCUGGGAUGGAGGUGAUAGUCGCCUGUGUACCAUCUGCAGAGAACCGAGCUGACCCGUGUUCCAGUUACAUGGCUGGCAUGUGCCAAGACUCUCAAGAAGGCAGAAGUACCCGGAGCAGCUAG